GUGUUAUUUGUUUAGUGUUUGAUUUAUGUUUAAUUCAAUUUUGUUUCUUUUGAAUUUGUUGGAUUUCAGUUUCAGCCUAGGAGGUGUUAAUUUAUUGAUGUAUGUUUAAUGCUUUUAUAUGACGUCUUUAGUAGGUGCCAUCUUUUGUAGAAUUAUUAAAUGCCAGUAUUGUAAAUACCAUAUUUUUAACGAAGUCUAUUGAUGGUUCAGAAUCAGUAGAUGGCGUCUCACAUAUCGUUUAAAAUUCGAAUUUAUUUAACCCUUUUGUCGAUACUUAUUACUCAUUGUAGUUAUUAGUCAUAUUAUAUUUCUGUUAGAUUGUUUAUAUUAUUAAAUAUAAUAUUAUACUAUUUGAAUUAGUAGCUUUAUUUUAUAUUAUUGUCGAUGACUGAUGAGUUGCUGUAUCCCCUGCAUUGAACAUAUAUAAUAUCAUUAUUCAUUGUAGAAACUAUAAAUAUAUUAAUUAAUUAAUUGUAUGAAAAAUAAUAGUUUGUUCAUGGUAUUACCAUUUAUUAAAUAUACAUAUAUGACCAAAUUUUAAUCAAUGAUAUUAGUAAUAGUGUAAUACUAUUUAAAAUGAAACACAAAAAUAAGUCUCUAAUCCCUAUUUUUCUAUUCUUCGAUAUUUUGGGAUCUCCCCGAUGACGGACGCUUUCGACAGCGAUCCUGUGGUGGGAGGGAAAAUAAAAUUGUGCUACAUAAUAUUGUACUGCGGUGCGGUCAUUCAUUGAUCAUUCGUCGAGCAGUCUAAUAAACAUGUCCACAAUAUUUUACAAUUAUAUAUAUGGCGGCGGUGGUGGCCGUGGUGGCCGUGGCGGCGGUGGUGGCCGUGGCGGCGGUGGUGGCCGUGGCGGCGGUGGUGGCCGUGGCGGCGGUGGUGGCCGUGGCGGCCGUGGCGGCGGUGGUGGCCGUGGUGGCGGUGGUGGCCGUGGUGGCCGUGGCGGCGCUAGUAAAAAAGUUAGGAGCAAGUGCAACAUAUGUUUGAAUAGGGGCCAUUAUGCUGCUGACUGCGCUUUAAAGCGCAGUCAGCAGCAUCAAACCGCCCCCCCGCCCCCCGCGGCCAAAGGAGCAGUGGCCGCAGCAGCAGCAGCAGCUGCAAAGGCGGCAGCGGCAGUGGCAGCGGCAGCAGUAGCCAAAGCCAAAUGGCUUGAGGCCGAGGCUGCUGCUGCUGCUGAAGCUGCAGCUGCUGAGGCUGCAGCUGCUGAGGCUGCUGCUGGCACUCCAAUGGAUGGCCAGGAAGAUGAUGCUACAGAAACAAUUCAGGAUAUGUUAGAAGAAAUUGAUGAAGACCUUUUCAAACUAUCAAAAGAUUAUUCUCUUGCUCAUUGUGUUGCUGAAGAUUUACGAAUGGGAGCCGGCAUAGCUGUUGAUUUCAAACGCAUCUUUGGUGGUGUUGGUAGACUAGUUGAUCAGAAAUUAAAAAUAGGAGAUGUAGGUAUAGUUCAACGUCAUGGUCAAUUUGCAUUUUAUUUGGUAACAAAAAAAUAUAGUAAUGGUAAACCAACAAUGAAUACAAUGGAAAAAGCUCUUCGUUCACUUUUAAUUAUAAUGAAAAAAAAUAAUCUAACAAAAUUAGGAAUUCCCAAAAUUGGAAGUGGAUUAGAUAAACUUCAUUGGUCUGAUACAAGAUUUCUAAUUGUUGAUAUAUUUUCUGGAUCUGGUAUUAACAUAACUGUAUGUAUGCCUUCAAAAUUAAUAGAUUCAAAAACACCACAGAGAUUAAAUGUUCACAUUACACCAUCUAAUUUAUGGGAGAUGGUAGCCGAAACCAUCAUUGUUGUAUUUAUUGAUUUAGAACAAGUAUGCAAAAAGAAUUGGAAAGACGAUGUAGUUGAUAAAUUGGAUACUAAAUACCCCUUCAGAGAAAGUUUAUUAAAAGACAUUAAAAAUAAGAAGUUUGAACCUGGUGCCAUAGCAAAAUACAUUGUUAAUAAUGAAGUGAUAAUUUGUAUAUUUGUCACGCAAAAGGCAUUAUACAGUUCUUUAGAAGAUGGAUUUAAAUCCAUAGAUCAAACAUUUAAAUAUUUUAAGUAUUUGGCUAUUCAAAGUGGCCCUAUUGAACUUAGUGAUAACUUUGAACAUAUAUCAUGGAUAGUAUUAAUAUUCCGAUCAAUUAGUCACUCUUGUGAAUUAUGGUUAUGCGGUGAUGUCAAUCAAACAAGUGUCACAUAUUAUGAUCAAUAUUGUAAAAGUGUACUUAGCUCUAUGAAUCAUACAUUUCAAAUAAGUUCUCCAGCUUAAAACAACUACAAAUAUAAUGAUAAUCGACAUACUAAAUUAAUAUUUAAUAUUUGUUCAAAUAAAUA